AUGUCAAUAUCAUCAGCAGUGAAUGAUGCACAAAAUAUUUAUACGCCUCAAAGCAUACAACUAGUUAAUCCAAGCACAAGUGACCAUGAAGAUUCAACUGUAGUAAGCAAAAACAGCCAACUGAAUGUACUGGGAAAACAGAAUUUAAUAGUGUCAUCAACAACCGCAAACGAUAUUGUUGGUGAUGAUAUUCAAGGAUUAACACUAGUUUUUAAAGCCAAGACACCACUACAACUGCUGAGAACGUCGAGAGAACAGGUUUUGAGAAACUGGGACUCUCAUAGCCCCGAAAAUAUUCCGUACGACUCAUCGAUAAUGUCACUGAAUCAAUCAAUAAGAAGUGCUUGGCCAGAAUCAGCAGUACCAAGUGAUCAGCGACUCUUGCAUCAAGCAAACGAAAAGAAACGAAAAAAAAGUCGCAGAAAACGAGGUGGAUACUAUUCACCAUGUUGUUGUAUAUGCAUUGGGUUAGGAAUUAUAUUACUUUUAUCCGCUAUUGCUGCCAUUAUAUCAUUUUUGCUUUCGCAUACAAAAGAAAUAGCAACAAUACAACAACAAGUACUAGUACAACAUUUUCUACAACUACUACUAGUACAACAACGACUACUAGUACAACAACAAGUACUAGUACAACAACGACUACCAAAACAACAACAAGUAGUUAUUAUUAAGAAAUAA